ACUGUUCCAUUUGUUUUUAGUUGAGCCACCAGGAUUAGAAGAGGAAAUGGAUAGUGAUUUUUUGCUCGGUCACUUCGUUGGAAGGAGGAAGAGGAAGAGGGACGCGACCAAGCAAAGCAGAAGCAGGCGCUCUUCCUCUCGUGGCGAAGAUAGUCCUCCUCAUGAGCAAGUCGUGAUCCAGGUGGAGGACUAGGAUGAUGCAGCCCUAGAAAUGGGGACGAUGGCGAUCAACUCCCCGCCGCGCUCCUUGAUGCUGGGUGGCGACCUAGCUGGGUCGUCCUAGAGAGCCUUCUCGGAGCGACCUCACUCCCCACUAGUAGUGAGCUACAAGGUGGCGACCCAGGGUCGCUCGACGAGGUUCAGCAUUCGUCCCUCAUCCCCAGGCCUAGGGGACGUGCAACUGGAGACCUUGGUCACCUUGCCCGCUCAGGAUCGAGCUUGCAUCUCGGCCGGUUCUAAGGAUUACCUCAACAACAUGGUUCUUUUGAAGCUUAGCCAGGCUACGCUGGGGAUGAUUGAGCUCAUUGGCCGGAGGCAGGACCGCCAAGCAGCUAUGGAUGAGGCAAGGAAGGCAGCUGAAGAUAAGCAGAGAGAGCUGCAGGAGGAGGUCGCCCGCCUCGCAAGAGAGCUAGAGGAGGAGAAGGGUCGCUCUACCGCCCUUGAGACAGUGAACACCUCCUUGUCUUCUGAAAGGGGUCCGUUUCUGCCGCAUAGCUGAGCUGGAGGGGGAGAAAACCGAUCUGAUUCAGCAGCUGGAGGCGGAGAAGAGCGACUAGGUUCGUUGCGUGGAGGAGGCGAUCGAGUCAUUCAAAUCUUCUCCUGAUUUUGCUGCGGUUGCUAUGGAGCGGAUGGACAAGCUGGUAGCCAAAUGGCUAAAAACUGGGCCUGGGGUCCAAUGGAUGGUCAAGGAGGGAAAGACGUCCUUCAACUGUGGACUCUUUCGUGCCCAUCAAGUUUUUCGCAACAAGCUAGCCCAGCUCCCCAAAGGAUUCUCCUUCCCCAACCUUGGUUUUCCUCCUCCUUGCCGUGCCUUGGCUGAGUUCGACCCCAGUCCUUACUUGGACAAGGGGAGCUCGAGUGCCUCUGACGAGGAAGAAGAAGAAGCUGUGCUGGGCGACCAAGGUGGGCAAGGCAACCAAGACCCUGGGGCCAACCUAGUGACGUCCAAGGCGGGCGGAAGCGCCAGCUCGGGCAUCUGAUUUACCUCCCUUCCCCUUGUCUUUUUUACCUUUAAACUUGUAAGACUUAUGAUUUUUGAAAUGCCUUGGUGCUUUGAUACAAUACUCCCAUGUUUGAUGUUUUGCUUUAUUCAUCACGUGCCUUUACUUUUUUUGCACUUUGUUACUAUACUCUUUCCUUUAAGUUAGCUUAACUCAUCUAGGUGAUGCCGAUUGGGGCUCACAGAAAAGUGAGUCGCCUCCCCUCCUUCCCUCGCAGGAGAAGGACAGGGG